AGGAAGUGUGUGCAUGCUCCUGAACCCUGAGUGGUUCUGGUUUCUGUAAUCUUCGCCUCCCAUUGGGUGGAGUAGGGCCUUUAAGAGCAGCUGGAAUGCAGCUCCCCUGAUCAGCGCAGCCAGUUGUUGCCCGUCUGAACCUCUGCCAGUCCUGGGGAGCAGUGCUCUGAGCUCAAACCAGCGGGCCUCAUUCUGCAUCCUUUACCACCCCCCUUCUCGCCGGAGCAACAAGCAGCUCCCAGCGGGAAAGAAAUUUCCCACCUGUCCAGCCAUGGGAGAGGACGCUGCACAAGCCGAAAAAUUCCAGCACCCGGGUUUUGACAUGGAGCAGGAGAAACCACCGAGCCCCAGUCCGAUGCCCUCCUCCACGCCGAGCCCCAGCCUGAACCUGGGGCACACGGAGGAGGCCAUCCGGGACAACUCGCAGGUGAACGCCGUCACGGUGCUCACGCUCCUGGACAAGCUGGUGAACAUGCUGGACGCGGUGCAGGAGAAUCAGCACAAGAUGGAGCAGCGGCAGAUCAGCCUGGAGGGCUCCGUGAAGGGCAUCCAGAACGACCUCACCAAGCUUUCCAAGUACCAGGCCUCCACCAGCAACACGGUGAGCAAGCUGCUGGAGAAGUCCCGCAAGGUCAGCGCCCACACGCGCGCGGUCAAGGAGCGCAUGGAGAGGCAGUGCGCGCAGGUGAAGCGGCUGGAGAACAACCACGCCCAGCUCCUUAGACGCAACCAUUUCAAAGUGCUCAUCUUUCAGGAAGAAAAUGAGAUCCCUGCCAGUGUGUUUGCGAAGGAGCCAGUUUCUAGCCCGGCGGAAGGGAAGGAGGAGCUUGCUGGUGAGGACAAGUCCCUGGAGGAAACCCUGCACACGGUGGCCCUCUCGUCAGAUGAUGAAUUGCCCCACGGUGAGGAGGCCUUGGAAGACAGUGCAGAGGAAAAGACGGAGGAAAGCAGGGCAGAGAAGAUAAAAAGAUCCAGCCUCAGGAAAGUGGAUAGCCUCAAGAAAGCCUUUUCUCGCCAGAACAUUGAGAAAAAGAUGAACAAGCUGGGCACAAAGAUCGUAUCUGUAGAGAGGAGAGAGAAGAUUAAGAAAUCUCUCACGCCAAAUCACCAGAAAAUAUCCUCAGGGAAAGGCUCCGCCUUCAAGGUUUCUCCCCUCACUUUUGGUCGGAAGAAAGUCCGAGAGGGAGAGAGCCCUGCAGAGAAUGAGACCAAGUGGGAAGACAUGCCUAGCAGUGAGCAGAUGCCCACCGACCAGGAGGAGGGCUCGCUCGCAGAGGGCCUUUCCGAGGCGUCCCUCCCCGGAGCCCUGGGGGACGGCGAGAGGGCAGAGGAGGCUGCUGAGAAGUUGGCCUUGAGGGGAAGUAACUCGGGGAUGGACAGCAACAUCGACCUGACUAUUAUGGAAGAUGAAGAAGACGAGUCAGUGGCUCUGGAACAGGCGCAGAAGGUGCGCUACGAAGGUGGCUACGUGCUAAAGUCCGAGGAGACAGAGCGGUCGGAUGAGGAGCCCGCGCAGCCGGCUGUGCUGCGAGUGCACCAGACCGCCUGAGUGCACAGCCCCCUGAGUGCACAGCGCCCUGAGUGCACCAGACCGCCUGAGUGCACAGCGCCCUGAGUGCACCAGACCGCCUGAGUGCACAGCCCCCUGAGUGCACAGCGCCCUGAGUGCACCAGACCGCCUGAGCUCACCAGACCGCCUGAGCGCACCAGACCGCCUGAGUGCCCAGCCCCCUGAGUGCACAGCGCCCUGAGUGCACAGCGUCCUGAGUGCACCAGACCGUCUGAGUGCACAGCCCCGAGUGCACAGCGCCCUGAGUGCACCAGACCGCCUGAGUGCACAGCCCCGAGUGCACAGCCCCGAGUGCACCAGACCGCCUGAGCGCACCAGACCGCCUGAGUGCCCAGCCCCCUGAGUGCACCAGACCGCCUGAGUGCCCCAGACCGCCUGAGUGCACAGCCCCCUAAGCCCAGCCCGCGCUGCAAGUCAAGGGGACACCAGGGCCACCACGGCCGCAGCACUACCCGCUCACGACCGUGCCACUGUGCAGGCGGUGGUAACUUACCACAUAGUAGCAGCAUAAGCGAGACCAAGGUUUACUAUGAAAGUGACCUGUCAGAGGUCCACAUUUUAUUUGCUCUUAGGUUCUGGUUCUGUAGAAUUUCUCCAAAAUUGCCAGGAAGAAGACGUGGAGCAGUUAAAAAACACUGAUCCAUUUGGCUUAGUCAGAAAAACCAGAGGCUUCUUAAGAUACUUGCCAUGAAAUGUGAUUCAUUUUUUGUCAUUCCCUAUGCUUGCUGAAUAGUGUACCAGUAAUAUGUUGAAUUCCCAUAGCCGUCUGUGAAUCUAAUUAUUACUCGUUAAGUGUAUGAUAUACAAUAUACAUAAAUAUGUAAGCUAAAGACAUAACUAAAUAUUUUAAGAAAACAUUUGCAAGAAGCAGAAGAGAAUGUUCAGUUGAUUAUUCACUUAGAAACCACUGUUUUAUUGCAAACAAAGGAAAAAUUGAAAGACUGUAAUAGUCAGCUAAGAAAGGAAGAUAUGUAGUAAAGUCAGAACUAUAAGAAAAGAAAACUAAGAAGGAAAACUUGGAAAAUAAGAGAAACAGAAAACAAAGAAUGUCAAAGAGAAUGAAGAUAGAGAAAAAAGUAUGUGCUUAAAAGUAAAAUAUUUACAAUAUUAGCUUAACUAUUUCACUCCUUAAAUAACAAUACUAAAGAAGUUCAUAUGUCCUGGAAUAAUAU